AUGGUAGAACUCGGCGUGCCUGAACUUACCAAAAUGGCCCCCAAUGAGAUCAAACAGAACGACAUCUCCAAGGACCAGCCCACGUUGGUCCGAUGGUACAUCGAUGUCAGACAUUGGGAUGAAAAAUAUUCUGACCUUCCUUUUAUCCAAACCUUAACUCAGUCUGAUCAGACCGCCGUCAAGAAAUACUAUCAAACUUCGGACCAGCGCCUGUCUUUGGCCUCCCAACUGCUGAAAUAUUACUACGUUCACCAAGCCACUGGCACUCCUUGGAAUAAGAUUGAGAUUCAGCGUACUCCGAUACCUGAAAAUCGCCCAUUCUACGACUCAAGUCUUGAUUUCAACGUCAGCCACCAGGCUGGUCUCACUAUAUUAGCGGGCACACGUGCCGCAACUGCUCACUCAAUCAGUGGACCCCAAGGCUUGCCUCGUGUGGGAAUUGACAUUGCAUGUGUCGAUGAGCCCUCUCGCCGUCGCACUAAUCGUCCCCCGAAGACACUUGCCGACUUAGUAACUUUCGUGGAUGUCUUCAGUGAUGUUCUUUCGUUCCGUGAGCUUGCGACCAUCAAGAACCCAUACGCGACUCUUAAAUUGGCUCGUGAGCUUGGUCUCCGUAAAAGUGACCCGAGCAAAGACAACGAGGAAGUUCUCGCUGCCUACGGCAUUCGGUUGUUCUACUCGAUUUGGGCUCUCAAAGAGGCUUACUUGAAAAUGACCGGAGACGGCCUUCUGGCCACUUGGAUAAAGGAUUUGGAGUUCACAAAUGUUAUUCCCCCCGAACCCGUUCGGAAAGUCGGAUCUACUGGCGCCCCUCCCACUGUGUACUCAGUCCAAAAUUGGGGCCGGCCUUACUCAGAUGUCAAGAUUUCCCUGCGUGGCAUUGCUGUCAAUUCUGUGCGCGUCCAGCUCGUCGCCUUCGAGUCCGACUACAUUGUCGCUACAGCCGCCUCGGGGCCCAAUAUCGGAGCCGUUUCGCGGCAGAUGGUCGUGAAUGACAGCGAUCAGCACCUGCCCGGAUGUAUCACAGUGCUUGAUCCUGAGAAGGAACCUCAGAACGUCCGCAUUGCCCCCCCUAGCUCUUCGCACAGUCGGCGACCCGGACCCCUGGUGCGCGGAUUCGGAAAUCAGCGACCCCUGGUUGCCCAUGCAGGAGGUCGAUAUUGA